UUAAACAAAAAUAAUAAUAAGAAUGAACACGCAUGUAAAGUUAUCUCUGUUCAAGAUUAUUUUAGAUUUUGUCUGAAAUAUUUCCUGUCACGUGACAAUUCUGUCAGCUGUGCGGGAAAAAAGGGCAAAGAUGGCGAUAUUCAGUGUGUAUGCUGUAAAUAAGUCUGGGGGGUUCAUUUACCAGUAUGACAAUUAUGUACACAGAGCAGAAGCAGAGAAAACAUUCAGAUAUCCUUUAGAUUGUGUGUUAAAGAUCCACGAUGAGAAAGUUGUUGUAUCAUUUGGUCAACGCGAUGGAAUCCGAGUGGGCAAUGCUUUACUGUCCAUCAAUGGAUUGGACGUCAACGGUAAAUUCACGGCGGAUGGGAAGGAGAUCAUCGAAUACUUGAAAGACUCAACAAACUAUCCGUUGUCCAUACUGUUCGGAAGGGCUCGCUUGAGCUCCAAUGAAAAACUUAUGCCUGCUUCAAUGUUUCAUUCGUUGUUUGCUAUUGGUUCACAGCUGUCCCCUGAAGUUGGCAGUACAGGAAUUGAGAUGCUGGAGACAGAUAUGUUCAAACGGCACUGCUUUCAGACACUCACUGGUAUAAAGUUAAUUGUGCUGACAGACCCCCGGCAGUCUGGCAUUGAUGAACUCCUGAGGAAGAUUUACGAGAUCUAUUCAGACUUCGCCCUCAAGAACCCCUUCUACUCUUUGGCGAUGCCUAUCAGGUCACCAGGCUGCUAGUGAUGGCGCACAACUGUCACCAACGUUACGCGCCCCUGCUCUUCAUCACUUCCCUGAUUACCUUCCCUAUAUAUAUCGUUACAGUUAUAGGGAAAAGUCCUAAAAGAAACUGACAUUAAAUGCGGAGAAUGACACAUUUGCAUCUGUUGGCCAUCAAGUAGCCUAUUAAUUAAAAAUAUACUAUGUAUUGGUGCAUCAAAAUAAAUUAAGUUGCCAAUAUUAUGUUUAAAUGUUGUUUUUUUGUUUGCCCGCGUUACCGACCAUUGCUAGGUAAAGUGGGACAGUCUUAUAGGCUUUUCCAAUGGAGGAAAGAGAUCCAGUUUACAUUAGGGACCCUAUACGUAGGGUAGGCAGGGCUCUGGUUUUUGUUGUACUGUUAUCCUGGUUAAUUUAGAUAUUUUCUAGAGUACAAUGGCACCAAACAGAACUAAUAGUAGGGUGAUGUCUUAUUUUUUUUGAAUUUGCGUCUUCUUUAACCUCUUUCGACAUCUAUCCAACAUAUUAGCCCAACACAUGAUACAUUUCUGAAAUCUUCAAGAUCAUAACAUAACAACAAAGUGUGAAUUGAAUUAUCAUUGGGGUACAAUUAGGACUAUAAAAAUGGUGUCCCAGUUUAUCUAACCUGUGGUCCUAAUUUAAUGAACUCACACUGAAAAUAGGGUUUUGGUUCAGUGUACACACAUGAGUGUGUUAUACCCCCUGUGAAUAUGAUAUCAACAUUUGCCCUGUUUGUGUGAUUUAGGAAAUAUCUUGAGUAUUUCCCGAAAUGUAGCUAUUAUGUGUUGGGCUAAUAUGUUGGAUAGAUGUCGAAAGAGGCUACAGAUGACAGAAAUGCAAAAAAAGUGUUCCACUUUUUCUGAAUUCACCCUGUUUAUGACCCAUACAAUAAGUAAGGGUUAAUUAACGAGGGGCUAUGCAUUCUAUUGAAAAUAAUGAAUGGCAGAGAAGGUGUUCCACGACGUGCUAGCGGAAAUCUCCCAUAGGAUAACAUUGGUUUACAGGUUAUGCUCUAACUCUGCUCACGUGCAUGCGAUUUGCAAAAUUCCUUUUGCCAUGUGUUCAGGGCCACUGGUACCUCUCCAGAUAUUGAUAUGAUGAGAGUACGCGGUCCCCUCCAUAUCCUAAAAAGGAAGUAUGAACCUGCAAUAUAUCAUAUGGCCAAUGCCAUUGUACCAUUUUGCAAUUGGACAGCCAUCAAGUCAGCCAUUUAAAGGGCCAAAUCAUCAUAAACAGUCAAAGGACAGCACAAUUAAAUUUUAUUUGUACUGUACAGUAUCCAAGUAGUGGACUUUUUGAGUUUCAGCACUUUAACUACGUGUCCAAUUUGUGAUGAUGAUUGCCUGUUGUAAUAUAUUUUAAAUGGACAGUGUACAUUAGACAUAUGAUACAGAUGAUGCAAUCUCGAUUGCACUCCACACUGCCCUUUCCCACCUGGA